AUGGAUAGACUCAACCAAUUAAGUGGACAAUUAAACCCAUCUUCAAAGCAAGCUCUUUUACAAAAGAAUCCAGAUGAUGUUGUCAUUGUUGGUGCUUAUAGAACUGCUAUUGCCAAAGGUUUCAAAGGUAGUUUCAAGGAUGUUGGUUCUGAAUACAUUUUAACCAACUUCUUAAAAGAAUUCAUUAAAAAAACUGGUGUUGACCCAUCCUUAAUUGAAGAUGUUGUUAUGGGUAACGUCUUAAACCCAGCCGCUGGUGCCACUGAACAUAGAGGUGCUGCUUUAGCCGCUGGUAUUCCAUACACUGCUGGUUUCAUUGCCAUCAACAGAUUCUGUUCUUCUGGUUUAAUGGCCAUCUCUGAUGUCGCCAACAAGAUUAGAUGCGGUGAAAUUGAUUGUGGUUUAGCUGGUGGUGUUGAAUCUAUGUCCAAGAAUUACGGUGCCCUGAUUAUUCCUCUGGUUGAUCCUCAUUUAGUUAACGAUCCGGAAAUGGCUAAAUGUUUAGUUCCAAUGGGUUACACUAACGAAAAUGUUGCCAACAAAUAUAACAUUUCAAGAGAAAGACAAGAUGAAUUCUCUGCCGUUUCUUACCAAAAGGCUGAAAAGGCUGUCAGAACUGGUGCUUUCAAGGAUGAAAUCUUACCAAUCAAAUCCGUUUUAAGAAACAAAGACAGCAACGGUAAUGUCGUUGAAAAGGAAAUCAUUGUUGAUACUGACGAAGGUCCAAGACCAAAUGUUACUCCUGAAUCUUUAUCUAAAAUUAAACCAGCUUUUGGUGGUUGUACCCAUGCCGGUAAUGCUUCUCAAAUUUCCGAUGGUGCUGCUGCUGUCUUAUUAAUGAGAAGAUCUGUUGCUGAAGCAAGAGGUUACGAAAUUCAAGCUAAAUUCGUUGCAUGUUCCGUUGUUGGUGUCCCACCUGAAAUUAUGGGUGUUGGUCCAGCUUAUGCCAUUCCUGAAGUUUUAAAGAGAACUGGUUUAACCAUUGAUGAUAUCACUGCUUAUGAAGUUAAUGAAGCUUUUGCCGCUCAAGCUCUUUAUUCCGUUGAAGCUUGUAAUAUUCCAAAAGAAAAGGUUAACAAGAAUGGUGGUGCCAUUGCCAUUGGUCAUCCAUUAGGUGUUACUGGUGCUAGACAAUAUGCUACCAUCUUAAGAUUAUUAAACAAGGGUGAAAUUGGUUUAACCUCUAUGUGUAUCGGUACCGGUAUGGGUGCUGCUUCCAUUGUUAUUAGAGAAUAG